AUGAACUCCAGGUCGCUUUUAACCGGGGUCUACAAAUUCGAUGCGAAAUACGUAGAAAGGAUACAAGAGGACCCGCAGUAUGGCCCCAAAGACCUCAUAUUGUAUCAAUCUCUAACUGGCAACUAUGAAAUACAACACUCUAAUGUGCUGUUUUGUCUUACUUGA